AUGUAUAAUUUAAGGAAGGGGUCCAAGACAUCCCGUUUGAAAGGGAUCGAAGAAUUUCUGUCCAUUGAGAAUCAAUCUAUUGGACAGGAAGAAGAACUGACAGCUGAGCCUGUUCCAGAGGGAGAGCAACGAGUGGUUGAUCCUCCCAUGACAAGAGCGGUGGGGAAAAGAAAAUUUUCUGCAGAUGAGGCCGGCAAAUAUGAUAAGCAAAUUCGUCGGAAACUUCUGGUUGAUUCUCCUCCCAAAGGCCAACAAAAAUCCAAGUUGAUGGCUGAGGCCAUCAAAGCUGCUAGAGAUGACGAACCACAGGAAUCAUCUGUGGCUGGCCUGCCGCAUAGAGCGGGACUUCGCUCUCAUGGUCCAGCUCUGUCGGGUGAAGCCGCUGGUGCAAGUCUUCCGGAGUCUUCAGCUGUUCAGGAUGAUGAGGAGCGAGUUGAUUAUGACGACUCCCCAGCUGGUGAUGCAGCUGACGGAAAUAGAGGCAAUGAGGACGCUGAUGUUGGCAACAUGUCAGGUUCACCCACUCCCGGAACUACUUCAGCUGCUCCUUUAGAGCAAGAACCUGCGCAAGUGUUGGCUCCACCACAAGAGCCACAUUUAUCUGGCUCUCCCAUGGCGACUGUUUCACCUGUAGCGUUACCUGAAACUACUGCUACAACUUCUCCUCUGGAACAGGCGGUCGUGCAGGUGUCGACUCCUUUGCAGGGGCAAACCUUACAAGACUCUUCCGUAGUAGCUACUUCACCGAAAGCGGUGAUGAAGAUCUCGCUCACCCCAACGGAGGCUGGGCCAAGCUCAUCUCAGGUGAAGGCAUUGAUGGCUUUGACCUCAAGUACUUCGCAAUUGAACAUUUCAAUUGCCUCUGCGGCUUCGGCACCUGGAUCGCCUGCUAGUCAUCAUCUUAACGCAUCAAUCUCAGCUGCUGAAGGGGUAUCUUCGGGUGCAAUUGUCAGUCUCGCUAAUGCACCUAAAUUCCUUCAAAUCUCUUUGGUGUAUCUAAACAGUCUUGCGAAGACGGUGGUUGAGUCCUUGAUGAAUGGUCAAGGAACUUUGAAUUCCUUUCGACCUCUUCUGGAAGCAGGCUUAAAUGGAGUCAGGAGCGUGGGCGAAACUCAAUGGUUCGAACGCUGCUCAGAGAUUAUCCUUCGUUUGGAGGAGAAAUUACAAUGCCUCAAAACCAUGGGCCAUAGUGACCUUCAGCCACAAAUUAUGUCCACUUUGGCUAGUCUUCAGGUCGCUGAAGUGAUACACCGGGAAACCCUAGAACAAAACUUAGCUGAAAAAGAGCGUCAGAUCGCAGAGCUUCGUGAGCGUAACAUUCGGAAGCGAGAAGAACUAGAACGCUCAACUGCUUCCAUGAAUUUGCUUCGGGACAAACUGGUUGAAGCUGAAGCCGAAGUCCUGCGAUUGAAAGCUGAACUCUCCCGCGAAGAAGACGUUGUCAACAUCCUUAGUACCCAGAAUACAACUGGUACUUUAGAGUAUCAUACACAAGCUCAAGCCCUGGAAGACGCCAGGAAGGAAGUGGCGGCCAUCAUCAUACCAAGUGAGGAUGAACUCCGAGCAAAGGCUGAAGCUAUGGUGCGAGCUAACCACGAGGCGGAGCUAGCUGAACUCAAGGCUCAACUCAUCUCUUUUGAUUUAAUGCAUGAGUGA